CUAGACAGUGUCAGGAGCAUGGCAGUCGAAUUCGACUCGCGGUAGCGCGCGCUACCCAAUUCAGAGUCAUAUCUUACAUAAGAUGGGUUCGUUUGUUGUAUUUUGUUUACUCCUAGUGGCUGUGUCUUGUGAACUCAGCUCACCUCCCAUAGGAAUGGGGAUGGAACAGGAUAACAAUCUCGAGUUAGGAGACAACUUGACUAACACUGAUGUUUUGAUGGCUUUUGUGGUAUUCCGACACGGAGAUAGAACCCCAGACUUAGAUGAGAUGGAAAGGUUUCCAUCAAAAGAGUAUACCACUAGCACACUUUUUCCAUAUGGAGCGAAAGCUCUAACCAACAAGGGAAAACAGCGCGCAUACAGAAUCGGCGAAUAUAUAAGAAAACAUUACGGCAAUCUUAUCUCCAGUCUGUACCUACCUGACGAAAUAUACAUACAGACUACGGGGUAUGCACGAACCAAAAUGACAGUUCUCGCCGCUCUAGCUGCCGUGUACCCACCACCGCCAGCACAAAGGUGGAACCCCAGUUUAAAUUGGCAACCUGUUCCUUAUGACACACCAUCGUACGAGAAUGACGAUUUCCUUUACUAUUAUAAUUGUCCGCGUUAUCUGAAAAUACGCGAGAAAGUCUACGCGUUCCCCGAAAUAAAGCAGAUGAUGAAACCGUAUGAGGGGUUGUAUGAAUUCCUGAACACGAAGACUGAUGUCAACAUCACCACACCGGAAGAUGCAUUUUAUUUAGACAACCUAGUUCAGGCAUUUGAAAAUGUUGGUGUACCACCACCCGCGUGGGUAAAUGAUGUGAUGCCACAGAUCAAAGAAAUAACAUUAAUCGAAUAUAUCACGCAAUUUUACAACAGUGAAAUGAUUCGACUAUCAGCAGGUGUGCUUCUAACGAGAAUAAUAAACGCAACAAACAGUAAUAUCGCUGGCAACAAAGAUUUACCGAAACUGUGGUUGUUUUCGGCCCAUGAGAAUAAUGUGGCUGCCUUUAUGUCAGCCGUCAGAGUGUUUAAGCCACAUCAACCGAUGUAUGGAGCUACGAUAUCACUCGAAUUUAGAAGAAAUCGCAUAACUGGCCAGUAUGGGUUUACGGCCGUCUACGCUACAGAUGUCAACUCAGGAAAGCCUGGCGUCGUGCUACCAAUAGAAGGCUGUGGAGGGCAGCCAUUUUGUGAUUAUGAUACAUUCAUAAACCUCACAAAAGAUUACGUUAUAUCGCUUAGUGAUUUCAAAAAACAAUGCUUUCUACCUGUUUCAUAGAUUUCAAAAUUUGAAUCAAAACGUGUAGCGACUCAGUUUUGUAAUUUUUAAAAACAAUAUUUGCAUGCAUAUAUUUCGUACGUCAUAGAAACAACGGUGUUGAUUGUACACGCCCUAAACUAGACAAAAUAAAUGCAACCGGUCAAUAAAAUACAUACUUUUUUACAAAUUUAAAGAUAAUAUCAUUUCCUUUUAAUGAUUAAUUAAAAGAAUGCAUUGCGUGGGACUAGAAAUUCUGUUAACACAUCACAAUUAAACGGUAUCCUUAAUCG